UCGUUUUUUAAGCAUAUUUUGUACCUAAAACAAUAUCACACUCUCAUCCCUACUUAAGCCCUACAGCUCUUUGAUUCAGUACAACUUGCUGUUUUUCCCGCCAUGGAAGCCAUGGAAAUCGACUCACAGAACAUUCUCCAGAGAAAACAAGCUACCUAUACCUCCAUGGAUGAUACUUUUAAGAUUCACAAAGAGACAUAUAGGGGACAGCAGUACAGUCAAAUUUACUUCACUCGUCUCCACUUGAUGCGAACACUCCUCUAUUCCCUAGCCCCAAAUUGGAAACCCCAUUUGCCUGUUUGCACAAUUUUGGAAUUGGAAAAAGACAGGGAAUGCAUCGUUGUCGGAACCCUGUACAAGCACAUGAAACUCAAACCUUGCAUUCUUGAUGAAUACUCCAAGGAGAGAUCUGUGACUCCGCUUGUCAAGCCUCAUAAUUUUAUGCAUCCAGAUGAUACGCUAGUUUUAGAAGACGAUAGUGGAAGAGUUAAGCUUAGUGGGAGUGUCCUCUUACCAUCUAUAUACGUAACAGGUGUUGUUGUUGCUUUGCUUGGAAAGGAAACUGAUGCUGGAGAUUUCUUGGUCCAAGAUGUCCUAGAAGCCGGCCUACCACCCCAGAUAGAGCAUCCCCUUAAACCAAGAGAAGACAAGCAUGUUGUUUUUGUAUCAGGGUUAAGUGUUGGGGGAAGCACUUCUAAUCCUCUUCAGUUUCAGCUUCUUAUUGAUCAUAUAACAGGACAUUUAGGAGAUGAGAAGGAACAAGGCAUUGCAGCAGAAAUAGUUCACGUAGUACUUGCUGGGAAUUCUGUUGAAUUUCCUCGUGGUCUUCUCAAUGGACAGAAUUUGGCUUCAAAGGAUCAAUCAAGGCUGUCUGAGCCUAUUAAAGAGCUAGAUAUCUUUUUGACACAGGUUGCUGCUAGUUUGCCUUUAGAUAUCAUGCCCGGAUCUGAUGACCCAGCUAACUUCUCCUUACCUCAGCAGCCGUUGAAUAGAUGCCUUUUCCCUGGGUCUUCAGCUUAUAACACUUUUAGGUCUUGUACUAACCCUCAUUGUUUUGAGGUUGACAAUAUCAGAUUUCUUGGAACAUCGGGACAGAACAUAGAUGAUCUUGAGAAGUAUUCAGAGGCAAAGGAUAAACUUGAAUUCAUGGAAAGGACAUUAAAGUGGAGGCAUUUGGCACCGACAACACCUAAUACUCUUGGGUGUUAUCCUUUUGUGGACAGGGAUCCUUUCUUCAUUGAUAGCUGUCCUCAUGUUUACUUUGUUGGUAAUCAGGAUAAAUACAAAACUGACUUAAUAAAGGGGUCAGAAGGGCAGUUGGUGAGACUCAUAUGCAUUCCUAAAUUCUGUGAUACAGGAGUUGCUGUUGUGCUAAACUUGAGAAAUCUUGAAUGCCAUACUCUCAGUUUUGGGACUGAAUUCAGCUCAUAACAUGAUGUUUGACAUGUAACUGAAGGUAGCUGACUAUAAUUAGUUGAGACUUGUAACAUUGCAGAUGAGAGGAGAUGCUACAAGCAUAAAAUGUACUGUAUGCCCAUGCAGAAUCCUGGCAGAGAAAAUCAACGAGAUGGAUCUCUGAAGUUCAAGCCUGAACAGAGUUUUCUCCCCCUUUCCUAAUUUUAUUUGAGUUAUCAUCUGUAAAGUAUUAUUGUCGAAUUUCCUUUAAUGUACCAUUGUUGUAACUUGUAACGUAGGAUACAAUGAUGCUUUUUGCCAGCCAAUAUUGAUGAUAUUGAUUAAAUGACUGAUAUGAUAUUUCAUGAUUAAAGAAGUUUUCCCCCUUCUAGACCAUAAAUAAAGCAGUGGACUCUCUUAAAUUUC